UCGAGCGCGUGCACUCGCUUGCUCCCAUUUAGAUUCAGGAGACUACGCACAGCCAGGUCCCGGGCCCGGUAACUCCAGGGCAGCCUCUGUGCGUCCGCACGCUGGAGAUGGAACACAGCUUCCGCGAUCCGACGAGCGCCCGUUUGGUGUGCAGUUUGAUAUAAAAAUACUUAGCCGCUACAGUUUCGACAGUAGAUCAGUGGCACAGUCCGUGGUGAUUGGAAGGUUUUCUAGGCUUCUGGCGUGCGGCGAACUAUACGACAGCGAACGACAUGAAAUCGGCAAAAUUGUUUUGCGUUCUGUUGGUCCUUGCGAUCUCCAGGGUUCAUGGUGCAGCUCAGAAGGAAGGAAGUGAUCCUCAGAAGCGAGCCAUCGGGCAUGGGUAUGGGUUAGGAUUGGGAUUGGGAGGGACUGCGUUUGGUGCUACCGGAUUCUCUGCUCCGGCACUAGCAGCUCCAGCUAUUGGAGCAUCCCUGUCAGCCCCCAUCCUAGGACCCUCCAUCGGAGCACCAAUUGGGCCAUCAUUUGCGGCAGGACCAAUCGGACUUCCGGCAGGACCGAUCGGACUUCCGGCAGGACCGAUCGGACUCCCGGCAGGACCGAUCGGACUUCCAGCGGGACCAUUCCUUGGAGGCGCGUUUGCCCCUGCAGCCCUUCCCGCUCCGGGUCCAGUGUUUGCUCCUGCACCUCCUACAGUGGCCGUCGCACCAACAGUCACACGCAACAUUUUGACCACCGUGCAGCAACCUGUCCCGGUGCCCUAUCCACAGCCCGUCCCCGUUGACCGUCCCGUACCGGUCCCAGUGCAUGUGCAUGUCCCGGUCGAUCGUCCCGUACCGGUACCGCAUCCCGUUGCCGUUCCCGUCCAUGUGCCUCGUCCCGUCCCGGUUCCAGUCCCACAACCAUACCCAGUAACCGUUACCAGAACUGUGGCUGUGCCGGUUCCGCAGCCCUACCCGGUGCAUCAUGCCGUGCCCGUCCCGCAGCCCGUCCCCGUGCCACAGCCCGUUCCGGUUCCGCAGCCUGUUGCCGUGCCGCAUCCGGUUGCUGUGCCGCAUCCGGUGGUGGUACCGGCACCCGUUCCCACCCUUCCGAUCGCAUCGCUGCCGGCCUACGGUUACGGUUACGGUUACGGUGGUUUUCUGCCUUCCUAUGGCAAGGUGUACGGUGGUGGUGUAACGCUGCAGAAGGUGUACACCGGCCACCAUCAUGGGCUCGGCUUGCUGGGGCUGAAAAAGUAUCUCGGAUAGGUAGAGUGAUGGUUUAUGUUUAAGUCAUUUCAGUGUCAUAACGUGUGCGGAAAUGGUUCUUUAGACUGUUUGAGUUACGAUAAUGUUACUGCGUGUAAGACGAGAAGAAAAAAAAGGUCUUGCAAAGGCAGUGCAUUGUUUAGAGUAUAUUCGCCAAAUAAAACAUGUUUCUUGUCUAAUAAUUUUACCAUA